AUCAAAGAAUUUGAAUGCUUUGUUUUUAUUAUUUUCUGGAAAUCAAGCAUCAGUAUACUUAGAAGUUAGAACUCCUUUUAUUGUUUUGUGACCUGGUGAUGAUGCUUUGGUUGGUUUGGAGAACAGGAGAAAAGAAGAGUAUUAAUUCAGAGUUAUGGCAUGCCUGUGCUGGACCUCUUGUUUCUUUGCCUCCUGUUGGAAGUCUUGUUGUUUACUUUCCCCAAGGUCACAGUGAGCAAGUUGCAGCAUCUAUGCAAAAGGAGGCUGAUGUCAUACCAAGCUAUCCCAACCUUCCUUCCAAGUUAAUUUGCAUGCUUCAUAAUGUCACAUUGCAUGCUGAUCCAGAAACUGAUGAAGUCUAUGCACAGAUGACUCUUCAACCUGUUAGCAAAUAUGACAAUGAAGCAUUACUAGCGUCAGAUUUGGGCCUCAAGCAAAGCAGACAACCUGCUGAGUUCUUCUGCAAGACUCUUACAGCUAGUGACACAAGUACUCAUGGUGGAUUUUCUGUGCCACGUCGAGCUGCUGAGAAAAUCUUUCCUCCUCUAGAUUUUUCAAUGCAACCACCUGCACAGGAGAUAGUAGCUAAAGAUUUACAUGAUAAUACAUGGACAUUCAGACAUAUCUAUCGAGGUCAACCGAAGAGGCACCUGUUGACCACUGGUUGGAGUGUCUUUGUUAGCACAAAAAGAGUCUUUGCUGGAGAUUCUGUUCUUUUCAUCAGAGAUGAGAAGUCACAGCUUCUCUUGGGUACAAGGCGUUCUAAUAGACAGCAGCCAGCUCUCUCUUCAUCAGUCAUUUCAAGUGAUAGCAUGCACAUUGGAAUCCUAGCUGCUGCAGCCCAUGCGGCAGCAAACAACAGCCCUUUUACCAUAUUUUACAAUCCAAGGGCAAGCCCUUCUGAGUUUGUGGUUCCCUUAGCAAAGUACAAUAAAGCCAUGUACACCCAAGUUUCACUUGGCAUGCGAUUUAGAAUGAUGUUUGAGACUGAGGAAUCAGGUGUCCGUAGAUACAUGGGUACUAUUACUGGUAUAAGUGACUUGGAUCCUUUGCGAUGGAAAAACUCACAAUGGCGCAAUCUUCAGGUUGGAUGGGAUGAAUCAGCAGCUGGUGAGCGGCCAAGCCGAGUUUCAGUUUGGGAAAUUGAACCUGUUGUAACUCCAUUCUACAUAUGUCCACCAUUUUUCAGGCCCAGGUUUCCAAGACAACCAGGGAUGCCAGAUGAUGAGUCUGAUAUGGAGAAUGCUUUUAAGAGAGCUAUGCCCUGGCUUGGAGAUGACUUUGGUAUGAAGGAUGCCCAGAGUUCCAUCUUCCCUGGUUUGAGCUUAGUGCAAUGGAUGAGCAUGCAACAAAAUAAACAGUUCCCAACCGCUCAAUCAGGAUUCUUCCCAUCCAUGGUUUCUUCAAAUGCCUUGCACAAUAACCUAAGUACUGAUGAUCCUUCCAAGUUAUUGAAUUUUCAAGCUCCCAUGUUGUCAGCCCCAAAUUUACAGUUCAACAAAACAAAUCCAAAUCAAGUCAACCAAUUGCCACAGGCACCUAUCACUUGGCCGCAACAGCAGCAGCAGCAGCUUCAGCAGUUACUACAGGCACCUAUGAAUCAACAGCAUCAGCAACAGCAAUCCCAACAACAACUGCAGCAGAAACCACUGCAGCAACCACAACAGCAAGUGCAGCAGAUUCUUCAUCAUCAACAGCAGCCACAGCCACAACAACAGCAUCUGCAGCAGCAACAGCAACAACUACAGCAGCAGCAACAAAGACAACAGCAGUUGCCACAACAAAUGUUCCUUCCAAAUCAAGUAAACAAUGGUAUGGUUUCCUCUAACCAGAUCCCAAAUCAGAAUUCACAUCAACAAACUGCCUUCUCUCCGCUUCAGCAGCAACAGUUAUUGACAAGCAGUAACCAGUCCACCCAGACUAUCCUCUCUGCUAACAAGACUUCACAUCAGUUGACAACUUCACCACAAGACUCUCAGCCGUUACAGCAACAAAUUGAGCAUAAUCAACCAAAUCUCUUACAGAGGAACCAGCAACAGACACCAUUGCAGCCCUCAUCACUGCAUUUAUUGCAAUCUCAAAGAAUACAGCAGCCACCUCAAGUUCAGCAGUUAUCACAGCAAUGUCUCUCAGAGCAGCAGCUACAAUUGCAGCUAUUACAGAAAUUACAACAGCAGCAUCAGCAAUCCCAACAAUUACUCUCCCCAGCAGGCUCUCUUUUGCAGCCUCAGGUGCUCCAGCAACAGCAAGCCCAUCAACAGAACCAACAAUUUCAACAGCUACCACUUUCUCAGAGCCAACAGAAACCACUCAGUAGCAAUGGCUUCCCAUCAUCAACUCUGAUGCAACCUCAGCUUACAGUUAACCAGCCCCACAGCCACAACAAAACACCUACAGCUAUGAGAACCCAUUCUGGUCUUACAGAUGGAGAUCCUCCUUCCUGUUCAACCUCCCCAUCGACCAAUAAUUGUCAGGUUUCUCCCUCAAAUUUCCUCAAUAGAAGUCAACAAGGACCAGUGGCAUUGGCAACAGAUCCAGUUGUUGAGCCUGCAAGUAACCCAGUACGGGAGUUUCAGAGCAAGCCAGAUAUUCGGAUUAAACAUGAGUUACCUGGCUCAAAAGGACCAGACCAAUUAAAGUUCAAAAGUACCAUCACAGAUCAAUUGGAAGCAUCCUCUUCUGGGACGUCAUACUGUCUGGAUGCUGGCACCAUGCAGCACAAUUUCUCACUCCCCACCUUUUUGGAUGGUGAUGUUGAAUCACACUCCAGGAACAAUCUUCCUUUCACUGCUAAUAUUGAUGGAUUGACACCUGACACCAUAUUAUCAAGGGGAUAUGACUCUCAGAAGGAUCUCCAGAACUUGCUUUCUAAUUAUGGUAGUGCUCCAAGGGAUAUUGAGACUGAGCUGUCUACUGCUGCAAUAAGCUCUCAAUCAUUUGGAGUGCCAAACAUGCCUUUCAAGACUGGGUGCUCAAAUGAUGUUACCAUCAACGAGGCAGGGGUUUUAAAUGGUGGAUUGUGGGCCAACCAGACGCAACGUAUGCGAACAUACACAAAGGUUCAAAAGCGUGGUUCUGUGGGAAGAUCAAUUGAUGUGACCCGUUACAAAGCAUAUGAUGAACUCAGGCAUGAUCUGGCACGCAUGUUUGGCAUUGAAGGGCAGCUUGAAGAUCCACUAAAUUCUGAUUGGAAACUAGUUUAUGUUGAUCAUGAAAAUGACAUGCUACUAGUUGGUGAUGAUCCUUGGGCAGAGUUCGUAAGUUGCGUUCAGAGCAUUAAGAUACUGUCAUCUGCUGAAGUUCAGCAAAUGAGCUUGGAUGGAAACCUGGGUAAUGUGCCAGUUCCAAAUCAAGCUUGUAGUGGAACCGACAGUGGGAAUGCAUGGAGACACUACGAUGAUCAUUCAGCCGCCUCGUUUAAUCGAUGAGGGUUUGAACUUUGAAGAACUAGACCGUCAUGUAUCUUCUAGCGUUUUUACUUUGCCUGGGGCAUAUGUCAAAAUUAGUGCAUACCUGAGAUUUGAAUGAUCAGAACCCUUCUAGUGGUCACUUGCUGGGAGAUGCAAUUGCCCUAGAGGAUCAAGCCAUUAGCAAAGCAUGGACUGUAUCAGGUUCUUGAUUCCAACCCACGGUCAAAGCCAUUGCCAAAGGAUUUAUGAUUCAACUUUAGGGUCUUAUUUUUUUAUUUUGGCCUUGGAGGAUUAGGACUUGGGAGAGAUAAACACAGGCAAGAAUCGGAUGGUGUAUAAUAUUAUUUACAGUUAAUCAGUUAUACUCUCUUGUAAAUUGCUGUGACCUAGACCUCAUUAUGCACAGAAAUGAGUAAUUGUUGUAGCUUAUUGCUCAGUAGAAAGAUAAAAUUGGCUUCAAAUU